AUGCGCUUGUUGAUCGCAGUUGCCCUUGUGGCACUUGCAACCUUCACAGAAUCAGUUGAUCCUUGUAAACGUCAACCGUUCCGCGGAAGAUGUCCAUCAUUAAAUGGUGAAGCGCCAAAACGUUCGCAAUUUGUUUUGAGAUAUUAUUUGAGAAAUGGAGAAUGUGUUAGUUAUCCAUACGGUAAGUUCAAAUAAUUAUUUGAAACAAUUUCUGAAUCUUGUCUAAUUCAAAAUGUUUUAGGACAUUGCGCGCAAGACCCAAGUGAGCCAACAUUAUAUAGAUACAAGGAAGAAUGUGAGGAUGCUUGUAUUUCGAAUGCGCCAGCAAAUUUGGGUGCACCGAAAGAUGUUGCUCCAGAAAAGGUUAGUUGAAUUUUUGCUGAGCAUGAUUUUGCAUGUCAUCGAAUUUUAGGUGAAAAAGGUUGAGUUUUAUUCAUCCACUGAGGCUACAACAACAACUUCGCCCAGCGAAGAUGUUACUUCAACUGGUCAACCAUUUGAAUUUAAUGGUGAAGAUUUGGAUAAAACAACCACCACAACUACUGAAAUGCCUUUUGAAUUCACCGAAGAACCAGUCACUACCACAACACAAAGCACUGAAAAACCUACUGAAAACCCCACCACUCAAACUAGCAGCACAGAAGUUUCAACCACAGAGCAUGUUACUACCACAGAAGUUACCACAGAAGCUAGUACUACCACAACUGAAGAAGUUACCACAACAAAACAAUCCACAACUCAGGCGCCAACCUCAACUGAAGCUGUUACCUCCCCAUCAACCACAGUCGAGGUUACCACCGUUACAACUGAAGCACCAACUACAACAUCAACCGCCACACGAGCUCCAGUUACUACAACUACCACUGAAGCUGCUACAACCACAACAGAAGCUCGCGCUCAAACCACAGCUGGACCAAGAACUGGUAAGAUCUUCCGAAACAUUUUUUUUUCAAUCGAAUUUUUUUUCAGAAUGCGAACGUCGUCGUUUAUCAGCCAGUCAAUCUACAAUUCAAGGAUCUUUCAUUCCAGUUUGUACAGUGAAUGGAGAUUUCGAGAAACUUCAAUGCGAAGUCAACGGAGAACAAUGUUUCUGUGUUGAUGCUCAUGGUAUCGAAGUUCCAAACAGUCGAUCAACUGGAAGAGUUCGACCAGAUUGUAAUUGUGAGUUUCAUUUUUAAUUAGAAACUCAUUUUAUAUUCAAAAUUUCUUGUUUAGCACUUCAAUCAACAAAGACUGUCAGUACCAAAGAAUGUGUUGGAUCAGCAAUUGUUGGACCUUGUCAAGGAAACGUUGCUCGUUUCUUCUAUAAUGAAGACAGCCAAAAAUGUGAGCAAUUCACAUAUUCCGGAUGUGGUGGAAAUGGAAAUAACUAUGAAACCCGUGAAUCUUGUGAAGAUAGAUGUGCUCCACCACCAGUUGGACUUCCAAAAUGUGAAAUCGGAGAGCCACUUAAAACAAAAAUCGGAGUUCCAUUCAACUGUGCCAAGACAGAUUGUCCAUCUGGAUAUCGAUGCAGCGUUGUUCAACAUUCAAGUGUCUGCUGUCCAGAAAACACUAAAGCUGUUGGACUUCAAACCAACGGACGUGCUUCCAGAUGUUCACUUCCAAAACAAAGAGGACCAUGCGAUAAAUACGAACUACGUUUCUAUUUCAACGCUGAUCUCAAUGAAUGCAAAUAUUUCUUCUGGGGAGGUUGUGAGGGUAACACCAAUAAUUUCGAACGUGUUGAAGAUUGCGAAAGUGCUUGCGGAGUUUCACAACAUUCACGUGUUACAAACAAACCAAACACUGAAAUCAGAACUACACAAGGUAUCAGAAUCACUCCAAAUGGUAGAAUGAAUUGGGAAGAAACUGAAACAACAACUCCAACUGGACCAGAACCACCAGUUCCAUCAACCACCACAACAUCUGCUCCAAGAACAGUUGCUCAAACCACUACAGUUCCAACAACCACAAGAAGAUCAACAACUACAACUCGUGCUUCAAGAAUCUCUCAAACAACUCCAGUUGCUUCAGAAGAAGAGGAAGAAGUUGUCGAAGAAGAAGAAGAGGAUCAUCAACCAAUUCAUGUUCAACCACCAGUUCCAGUUCAAAACACUGUUUUGCUUGGAGGUAUCGAGGAUUCGUCAACUGACAGCGGUUUGCUUUUUAAUGCUUAUUUAUUAUUUUUAUUCUAAGUUUGCGCAGUGUCGCUUCAAAACCUCAGUUUUCAUAUUUAUGUUUUAACAAAAAUAUUCUGUUUUGCUAACUAUUUUACGAGUCAGGAAAUAAUUUUUUGUUGAUAACUUCAAAAUUAAAUUAAAAAACUAACUUGUCCAAUUUUCAAAAACAAUUUCAAGAAAUCUCAAAAAAUCCAAACCAUAACCACAGUAACUUUUAAUCAUUGAUUCCUGACUAUAGUACAACUCAGUCAAACUGAUUUAAUCUGAAGAUUGUAUCACGAAAAUUUCUUUGAAAAAAGCAAUAUCGAAAUUUUGACCUAAAACAAUCCUGACUCGUUCUAGGAAAAAAAAAUGAAAUUUUAUCCAUAAUAGCUUAUCCUAACUUAUGUUAUUUUAUGUUUCUAAUUCCAAACAACUAUUCAAUAUUUUUCAGUGAACCGAUGCUUGCAUCCAAAAGAUGCUGGAAACUGCCGUGGGCAAUUCGUUCGUUGGUUCUUCGAUGCUGAAAAGAAAUCAUGCGAUGUCUUCAGCUACACUGGAUGUCAAGGAAACGGAAACAAUUUCGCUAGUCAAGAAGAAUGUCUUGCUAUUUGUCAUCGCGCUGAACCAGUUGUUCAACAACCACAACUUCCAGACUUCAAACAAAUUUGCAGCAACGAUGUAGAUGCUGGAGAAUGUAACGGUGUCUUCGAAAGAUUUGCUUUCGAUAGUGAAACUGAAGAUUGUCGCGCUUUCACUUAUGGAGGAUGCGGUGGAAACGGUAACAACUUCGCAACAAUGCAAGAAUGUAGACAACGUUGUGUCAAAUCAUCUACCGAAACACGUGUCAAUAUUUGCGAAUCAGACAUUGAUGUUGGAGAGUGUUCAGGAGUUUUCCAACGUUUCGCUUUCGACAAAACUAUCAACAACUGUAAGAAAUUCACAUACGGAGGAUGCGGUGGAAAUGGAAACAACUUCGCCACUCUUCAAGAAUGUACCAACAGAUGUAUCAACAAAGUCUGCCCAGAAACUCCAUCCUGCGAUGUUACUCGUUGUCAACUUGUCAAUGAUCGUUCAGGAUGUCCAUUCUGUUCGUGUCCACCAGUCAAACAACCAAUGCCACCAGCUCCAAAAUGUGCACCAAUCAAGAAAUCCGAGUGUGAAGAGCCAUGCAUCAUUUUCAGUAACAGAAAGGGAUGCGAGGAAUGUGUCUGCCCACAAGAUCCAACCAAAUCCCCAUCAUCAGUUCAACCCCCAGCUCCAAGUAGCUUCCAAGCCGGACCACCAGCCAGUUCAUCAACAAGACCAACUGAAGCUGCUCCACCAGCACCCUCAAGACAAUGUAAGUUUAAAAAUGAGAAUUAAAAAUUAAUCGGAAGAAAUGUUUUCAGUUGCUGCCAAUACUUUCGAACAAGCUAAACCAUCUGAACUUCCAUCACUUCCACGUCAAAUCGCUGAUCAAAUUCAAGAAAAAUGUCUUCAACCAGUUGAACCAGGACCGUGCAAAAACUUUGCCGAUCGUUGGUAUUUUAAUGUUGAUGACGGAACUUGUCAUCCAUUUAAAUAUGGUGGAUGUGCUGGAAACCGUAAUCAUUUCUUCACUCAAAAAGAAUGCGAAGUUCAUUGUGCUCGAUUCUUAGGUUUGUGAUUUUUGAAAAUGUUUACUGAUUGCUUGUAAUUUUACCAUUUUCUUUAUUCGCAUGAGCACUCACUCACCCCACGCACCUGAAUCUAUUUUCAGGCAACAAAAAUGCACUUAACACAUAUCUCAACUCACAACAACAUCAACAGCUGGAACCUCUCAAGAGACCCAGACAACACAGUGUUGCGAAUGUGCAUGUUUCAAAACCCAUCGAAACCUCUUACACCUCACCAAAAAUCGAUGAUUAUACACCGCCUGCGCCAAACAACAAUCUCGUUGGAUUGUCGCCACCAGUUCAUCCAACAUAUUUUACUUAUAAUGGACAAGAUCAAGGAGGACAUCGACAAUUUGCUGCUGGAAAUCAACAAGGUCAAGGAGUUCAAGUGCCAGUUCCAGAAGGAGUUGUUCCACUCAAACAAAAUCGAGGCAAUUUUGAUGGGCGUGAAAGAUUUGCAGUUGUUGAUCAUCCAAAACAACAAGCCAGUCCAAAUUUCCAACCAUCCAAAGAAUGGUUCCAAACAACUUUGACACCAUGGUGGCUUCAAAAUCCAACAACAACUUCUUCAAAACAAGCGCAUGUUCAAACAAUUGAUAACACAAUUAGAUCAAACAGCUUGUUCAAUCUUGGAAGACCACAAAUUCAACCAUCUGAAUCCGGAUUCCAACAAGAGAGAUCAACAUCCAGAGUCCAAAUAUCAAGAAUUCCAACAUCAACCCAACCAGCUGGAGAUCUUCGAGAACAACCUGGAAGUAUCGAGAGACCUGAACUCAGAUCACCCGGACAUCGCGAACAAUCAAGAGUUCAAGAGCAAAGUGCAGCUUCAGAAACUAGAACUGGAUCACAGCAACAAGUUGUAGAAAGACAACAAAUUCCAAGAGUUCAAACUGUCAACGAACCAAGAUUCCAAGGAUCAAUUCAACAGCAAUCCCAAGGAAACACUCGUGCUGCUGAAGUUUCAACAUCUAUACAACAAACAUCAAGAUUACCAACUGCACAGAACAAUUUCGAAGCAUCUCGAUCUCCCGGACACCAACAAUCUAAUCAAUUCACACAUCCAACCAGAAUUCAAGAAAGUAAUCAACAACAAAGAUCGUUUGGACAACAACAAUCAGUAGAAACUAGAGUACAACCAACUCCAAAAUCUCCAGGACAUCAAGAAUUCUCCUCUUCUUCUAGACCUGAGAGUACAACAACAUUACCAAAAGUUCAUUCGCGAUUUAUCACAACUCGUAGUCCAAUGCCAAAUGCACAACAAGAAUUAUCUCGAUUCCAAAAUGUGCCACCACGUCAAAUCGAUCCAGUUCGUCCAGGUCGUUUCCAAUUUGAUCCGUCUCGUUACACAUUCUACAAUGGUGAUUAUUAUGGUCCAACUAUUCCCGGAAUUCGAGUUAAUCGAACUGAUGGAGUAUUUGUUCAAGGAGACGGAAGUGAUGCAGAAAGACAAGAAGCGAUCGAGGCAUUUGAGCAAUUCAAAAAACUCUCGAAAGGAUUCCAACAAGAAGCAGAAAAAUAUUUGGCUGGUCAAAAAAAUGGAAAACUUCAAGAAAGCGGAGGAUUCAUUUUAGGACAAGUCAGAAAUACUGGCAAAGGUAUUUUUUAGAGAAAAAAAUAAAUUGCACUCACUCACUGCACUAACACAUUACUUUUUGUUUCUUUGGUUUCUAUUCUUUUUGUUUCUAUCCACCACACACGUUCUUUUUCAGGACUCAACGACGAAUCUGAAGAGGAAGAAGUUCCAGAAGUUGAAGAACCAACACACGGACUUCGCCGCCCAGUUGCUCAUGGUGUUCCAAUUCAACCAACUGUUCCACUUGUUGUUCCAACAUACAGCUCUCCAAUCCCAGCUGUUCGUGGAGGAUCUCCACCAGGAUCCGAAGGUAAAGUCGAUUCACUUGAACCACUUGAGACAUUCGAACCUCAACCACCUGCACCAGCGACCACAAUUGUACCCCGACUUCCAAAUGUUGCACCACAACAAAGAAUUCAAGGUUUUGUUGUCACAACCACCACAACACGAGAAGUUCCACCCACAGUCACUUCCACAACUUCUACCACACAACAACCUUCUACCACUCAAGAACCAAGCACCACAACUUCUCAAGCUGAAGUUGACACUGAAGAACCAACAACUUUUGAAACUCGUCAACCAAUUAUUAAAGAGGUUGUUGAAGAAGAAUCAAAAUCACAAACUGUUGAUCUUGAAAAGUUUGUUCCACGUGCAAAAGCAGUUUCAGAAGAAUUUGAAAAUGAUAUUGCAUCUGGAGAAGGAUCAGGUAGUGAAUUCGAAGAAGAAGUUGAAGAGGUUACAGAAGUUGUGACAACCACAACAACUGAAGCUCCAAAACUCAAAAAAGUUGAAAUUAGACCAAGAGGUUUCACCACAACCACAGUCACACCUAGCACUGAACUUCCAAGCACCACAUCAUCACAAGUUUCCACAACUUCAACAAAUGAUUCCACAGAAAAUCAAACCACAGUCACAGAAUCCACAACAUCCACACAAGUUUCUGAUGAAACCGAAACUUCUCCCACUGCUCGUGUCAUAACCACCGAAGUUCCACAAUCCACUGAAGUUUCUGCCACUGAAGCUGUCACAACCACCACUGGAUCAGUUCCAACCACAUCCACAGUUGAAUCUGAUUUCGCAUUCAACAGUGAUGAAAUGGAUGAAAAUACUGAAUUAGUCGAAACUUCAGAUAAUAUUCGUGCUGCUGGAUCAAAAACUUUGGAAGCUGCCAAGGCUGUCGAAACCAAGAAAAUCGAAAAAGCCGAUAAUGGAGUUAGCCGUGUUGUUGAAGAAAUCAGCAUUGAUCAAAACUCAGGUACUUUCAAAACUCUCAUACGUAGAAAAAUUCAAAUUUUCCAGAGAUCGUUCAAAUUUUGAGCACAACUCCAAGCACUCCAGCUUUCGAGCCAAAGUUCGAUGGAAGAAUUGCUUGCGCUAUGCCACCAGAUGCCGGAACUUGCACAUCUUACAUUCCAAGAUGGUUCUUCAAUUCUCAAACUGGACAAUGUGAACAAUUCGCAUAUGGAUCAUGCGGUGGAAAUGAUAACAACUUUGUUGAUCGUAGCACUUGCGAGAGAAGAUGCAUGCCACGUAUGUAAAAAAAAUACAAAAUUCACAAAUAAAAAUGUAUAUUUCAGAUCACGUUAUUCUUGCUCAAGUCCCAGACCGUUGCUCAUAUGAAAAAGAUACUGGAAACGGUAAAGGAUACAAUGUCAAAUGGUACUUCAACAUGAAAAACUUGAGAUGCGAGCAAUUUGUUUUCGAAGGACUCGGAGGAAAUUCCAACCAAUUCGAAACUCUUUCCGAAUGUGAACGUAUUUGCACACCAGCUGCUAAUAGAGGACCACUGCCAAGUGAAGUUCAACAAACAACUCCAGUUGUUAUUCACCCAGAAGUCAGCGAAGAAGAAUACGACGAUGAAGAAGAACCAAUGGUUUUGCCAGGAGGACUUCCACCAACUCUUCAAUUCCGUGAAAAUGUUCAACUUCCACCAUUGGUCGCUGCUGAAGUUGUUACUCAAACUGUUCCACUCCCAGAAACAUCAGCUGGUACAACGACUUCAACUGCUGCACCAGCUGUUGUCACUUCAACUGCUUUUGCUCCAACUCAUCAACCAUCAAACCCAAUUAUCCCAGCUCUUCAAACUGUUCCACUUCCACCAGUUCCAGAGAUCACACAAACAGUUCAAGAAAUCACCUCGACAACCACAUCUACCUCAACCACAACUCAAGCCCCAACAACAGUUACAACUGCUCCACCAGCCAGUGAACCACGUCCACCAGCCGCUCACGCUGCCAAGACUGUAGUUCCAGAAGAAAAACCAACAUACAAAGCUGAACCAGUUUUGGGAAGACAACAAAUUCCAACUGCAAAUGAGGGACAACCACUUGUUGGAGCUUCACCAAAGGAAACUGUCAAUUAUCAAACUGGAGAAGUUCGUGGAGCUGUCAAGGCCUCAGGAAUCAGAAGUUUCAAUGCUGAUGAGAACAAGAUCAGUGCCAAUAUUUUCAACAACAACAACGGAGCUUCAUCAAAUGGACUUCCAGCUUGUGCCAACGGAAGACAAGAAAUCAGAUACGCUGAUGGAAGACCAAUUAUGUGUUUGCCAGGAAAGAAUCAAUGCCCAGAAAAAUCAUCAUGUUAUUUCAAUGGAAUUGAUUUCGCUUGUUGUCCUGAUGAGGAAGAUCCAUAUGAUAAACACGUUUUUGGAGGAUACAAUGGAGAAGAAACCAAGAAUGGUUACAAAGUUUUCGGAGGACUCAACAUCAGAAGAUUAAUGGAUGAAGUUCCACUUCGUCAAAAACGUCAAGCUGCUUUCAACAUUGAUUCAGUCGUUGCUCCACUCCGAUUCGAUGCCGAGAAACCACGAACAGUUCAUCGUGCUCUUCACAUGAAACCAAAGAACUCUGUUCCACGUCAAGGUGCCAAUCCAUUGUGUAUUCAACCAGUUGUUAAAGGAUCAUGCCAAGAAGCUCAUCUUCGUUAUUUCUACGAUAGAAUGAGUGACUCAUGCAGACUCUUUGAAUAUUCUGGAUGUGAUGGAAAUGCCAACAACUUUGGAUCUCUUGAAGAUUGUCAACGUCUCUGUGUUCUCGAUAUCAAAAACAUUCAAAACGGACGUGUUGCCACAACCACAGUUGAUCCAGUUGUCGCUGUUCAAGAAGACGAGAAACUUGCACCAGGACAAUGUCCAGGAGGACGUUCUCCACUCGGAGGAGCAUCACCAGUUCUUUGCGGAAACACCACUGAAUCAAUCGGAUGUCCAACAUCUUAUUACUGCCGACGUGGACCACCAGAUGUUUGUUGCCCAGGAACCGAUCCAAAACUUUUGCGUAAGUUCCAUUUUUUUUUUUGAAUUUUUUUUUUCAAAACAAAAUAUCAAUUUUCAGAACAACCAGAAGAUAUUGUUAAAGAUCAAGUCCGCGGUGUUGUAAAGAAUGAAUCACACAUGCCACGUGGAUUCAAUCGUCAAAUUUUCCUCUCAACUCCAAAAUACAUGUGCCCAGAUGCAGCUGACCCAUUAAUACUUGAAGAUGGUGAACCAAUGUUGUGUGGAAGUGGAUUUGAUGGUGUUAAGAUGUGUCCAAAGGGAUACUAUUGUGCUAUUGAUUCAGCUAGAAACUGUACGUUUCAACCAUAAAAGGUUAAAUAGAAUCUGACAAUCAAUAUUUGUUUCAGCAAGACUCUGUUGUCCAAUGUUUGGAGAUGCUCAAAGAAUCGCAUCGGAAGAAAUGUUCGCUCAAAGACUUUCUCUUGUUGAAACCACAACUAGCAGAAGACCACAACCAGUCGAAGAACAAGUUGAAGAAGAAGAUGAAGAAGAAGAGGAGGAGGAAGGAGAAGAAUUCUUGGCACAUUUGCAAAUGAAACCAAAUAAGCCAAAGGAUACUGUAGAGGAACUUGGUAAGCAAUCAACAGUCAUGUAUAAACCCCAACUAAAUGAUUUUUCAGCCAAAUCAUCUCCAAUUGCUGCUGAUACCAAUUCAGAAGGAGGAGUUUCUAUCGAUCUUGGAGCUGAUGAAAAACCACACAUUGAAGAAGAAGUUACAACAACAACAGUUCAACCAAUUCAGAUUCAAGACAAAUCAGUUUGCCAAAUCAAACCAUCAGAAGGACGAGUUUGUACUGAAGCUGAAGUUUCAACACGAACAAAUCUACAAUAUUUCUACUCGCCAAAAGACAAUCGAUGCAAACUUUUCUUCUUCCGUGGAUGCGGUGGAAACAUGAAUAGAUUUGAAAAGAAGGCCGACUGUGAAGCGUUGUGCCUCUAA